AGAGGUGGCUGAGCCAACUCACCUACAGGCUUUAUUAGGAAAAAUACUUUUUAAAAAAAAAAAAUAUAAAACAAACUCGAUCGUGUUACGCUCUUUGUCUCUUCUCCAAAGAGGUUUAUGGGGGAAACACGCUUUUAAUGGGAAGGAAGGGUUAAAGGCGACAUCCGAACAUACUGACAGCAGGGCCGCUUCAGCAAAACCAUACAGUGCAGUAUUGCUACUGUGCUGUAUAGCUGAGCCCUCCCUCAAGCAGAGUUCCUCUGUCUCAGAUCCUCCUAGCAGCAAACACAGACUCUGCUCGGGCCAGUGGCAGGCCCCAUCGCCAUGAACAACCAGGGCAGCUCCAGCAUGGCCGAGAUCCUGGGCGAUGAGCGCUUCCUGACCGGCGCGCUUUCAGAGCCCAGCUCCGACAGAGAGCCCCUGAAGAGCCGGCCAUCCUGGCAGGACAGUGUCCUUCCUCACAGUGAGCCAGAUAGCGGCCUGCUGGUCACCCACGUCAACCAGACCCUGGACCUGCUGAGAGCCCAAGGGCGGAGAGCCGGCGCCAGCGAGGGGCAGGCGUCCGAGGAGUGGCUUAGCAACCACAGUCUGGAGAGCGCAGGGCUGACGAUUUCACACCUCCUCACUCAAGGCAAAACCGUUGUGGCCGCCGGGCGAGGCGCGAGGAGCCAGAUGGAGUUCAGCGCCAGCACGAUCGAGGCGUUCGAGUCCAGGCUGUUCGAAAUGAUUGAGCUGUACCACCGCAGGAUGAGCUGGCUCAUGGAAGGCAGUCGAAAGGUGUUCGGGCUGGUGAAGGGAUCCCGGGUGGGUGUGCUCAUCGACGCGUCUGACGCCAACUGCGAGUCGGGACGGCUGCAGGAGUUUCAGAAGCACCUCUUGUGUCUCCUGGAUGAGCAGCUGUGCUACAAGAAACAGCUGUAUUUGCUCUCCUUCGGCACCCAGGAGAGCCUGCUGUGGGACAGCCCGAGAGACGUCAACCUGCGCAGGCUCCACCAGGCCCGGCAGUGGGUGCAGCAGCUGGGGGGCAGCGGGGGCUGCAAUCUCCUGGGCGCGGUGAAGAAGGCCCUGGGCCGCGAAGACCUCAGCUCACUGCUCGUCGUCCUCGGCUCCUGCCCCGACCAGCCGGCUGAUGUCCUGCUUGCUUACGUCAAGCAGUGCCUGCUGGGAAGGACCUUGCCCGUUCAUGCAGUCGCAUACGACAAUGGCCAUCCCAUGACCCACAUGGCAUUGAAGAACCUUGCCGAAGCCUCUGGGGGGCGUUUUCACUGCUACUCGUCUGACAGGCAGGGUGCGAUCUACAGCAGCUCUGACAUCGCCCUCCUGCAGAGAGAGACCCAGAAAGCCAUGGAUCUGCUGAGCAAGAUAAAGGAAAUGCGUCAAGGCCUACUGGGAGACACGUUCGUCUCCGUUAUGCAGAAGAUUUCUUUAGAGGUAGCAGAGUUGCCUCCUUCUCACUUCCUCCCCAAACCGCCCAAUCACUGUGGGCCGCUCAGCAUCGAGAGGCAGAACUUCCUGCCUAAGACCUCUGCUGAUUGGCUGAAGAGCAAUGGGCUGAAAGCAAAGAAACUCAGCCUGUACCAGGUUCUUGCGCCGAAUGCUUAUUCGCUGCUGGAGGAGUUUGUGCCCGUUCUGAGGAAGACUGUCACCUCCACACUGCACGAGAAAGCCAUGGUGCAGUUUGAGUGGCAUGAUGGGACGGUGAAAAACGUGCACGUGGACCCGCCUUUGUUGUACAACUACCAGAGGCAGCUUGCCAGUGCGGUGCUGAUGCUGGAACGCAGGGUGGAGUGGCUGACCACAGGAAGCAGGCAGAUCUGGGGCAACGUGUGUGAGCAGAGAGUGACUGUCCUGGUGGAUGUCUCCCUGAUGAACUCGCUGUACCUCGUCCACAUCCAGCAUUCCCUGCGCCUGCUGCUGGAGCAACAGAUGGCCGACAAGGAGAGCUUCAACAUCAUCACGUUUGGCACAGAGGUGCAACCUUGGAAUAAUGAGAUGGCCGCACCAACCCUGGAGAAUCUCCAGGACGCUUGGAAGUGGGUGCUGGGCUUGAAGUGCACAGGAAGCCGCAAUGUGCUGGGCGCCCUGAGACGCGCCGUCGAAGCGGACCUGCAGGGGUCGCUAGACGAGCCCCAGGGAAUCUACCUGUUCACCAGCGGAGUGCCUGACCAGGAGAGGGCAGCGGUGUGUGGCUACGUGUCUGAGUGCUGUGCCGGCGGUGCCCUGCGGCUCCACGUCUGUCUGUUCAGCGGCGGGGGGGCCCCGCUGCCGGCGUGCGUGCCCCCCCGCUUCGCCACGCCCCCCGAGACGGCGGACACGCUGCGAGACCUGGCGCACAGCGGGCAGGGGCGCUUCCACUGGUUCAGGGAAACGGGCAUUGUGGAGAGCGACGACAUCGCCGCCCUGCUGGCCGAGACGGAGAGAGCUGUCAAUUACUCGCAGAAGUGUGCCCUGCUGGUGGAGUCCCUGACGCAGAGGGCUGGCAGGAAGCAGCUCGCCGGCGCGCCCGAGGGCCAGCCCCAGCAGAGAGGGAGAGGCGGCCCUCGGCGCCCGGCGCCACCCACACCUGCAACACUCUCGCUCAGCAGGAUGCAGGCAAAGGAGGGAUCUCCAGAUGACAGCGCUUUCUCCCAGAAAGCUCUCACCUGGCGUCCAACCAGCGCGAAAGCAGGCGUCCCGCCAGCAGAGCCAGGGAAGAGCCGUACACUAGUGGACACUGAGGCUAAGCAGAAAAAGAGGUCCAAGGUCUCUCAGUCCGUGUUUUACACUGAAGAUGGCAACAGCGUGGGCAUGGUUUUUAAGAAGUAUCCGAAAUCAAAGAGUGUCAGGAAGUAUAUCCCUUUUGUUUCUCUCCCGAAAGAAGAAGAGAUUUGCUCAACCAAGCAGUGGCUGAGAAGGUUCGGUAUCAGGAAGCUGAAGCUGGACCUUCACCAGCUGGUCUCCGGGCCCGACUGCACACACCAGAAGAAACUGGUACCGGCGGUUCAGAAGAGGGUCUCUGCAAAGUACUGCGCCAUCUUCCCCAGCGUCCAGGUCAAUGGCAUCGUGCGGCACCUGCAGUUCACGGCGCGGGAGCUGGAGGAGUACAGCGCGCAGCUGGAGAGGGUGCUCCGCCGCUACGUGCAGAGGAUGCAGUGGCUGCUCGCAGGUAGCCGGCGUCUGUUCGGGGCCGUGCUGGAGGGCAGGGUGUGCAUCCUGGUGGACACGUCGGGCUCGAUGGAGCCCUGCCUGCCGGAGGUCAAGCAGGAGCUGGCCUCGCUGAUCUGGGAGCAGCUGCACCGGGGGGGAGUGAGCUUCGCCCUGCUGGGAUUCUCGGACCGGGUGGCCAUGUGGCGGCCGGCGCUGGCAGAGCCCACCAAGGAGGCGUGCCACGAUGCCGUGCAGUGGGCCUCUCAGCUCGUCGCCCACGGGAGCACCUGCACCCUGGAAGCCAUCCAGGCGGCCUGUGAGCUCGGGGACACCCUGGGGAUCUACCUGCUCAGCGACGGGAAGCCAGACUCCAGCUGCAGCCUGGUGCUGAGGGAGACCGCCAGGCGGACGGCAGGGAAAGACAUCGCAGUCCACACCAUCUCCUUCAACUGCUGCGACAGCGCGGCCAAUGCCUUUCUGAGGAAGCUGGCCCAGCAGACCGGUGGGCGAUUCCACCGUUGCCACGGUGACGUGGACGCACAUCGUGUGGCUCACAGGAUGCUGACGGAAGGCUUCACUGACGAGGAUGACCCAGUUCUCCCAGCCUUUGAAGGGGACGAUCUGAGGAUGCUGAUGGAGGAAAUAGGAAAAGCCAGGCGAUUCCUGACACAGGCCAGGGCAUUUCGGGCCUUGCUAUUGGAGAAGCAGAAGACGCCAGACAGCCAGGAUGACAUUCCUGCAAGCUCUCAGCCCCAGGUGUAUGUCAAGCAAGAAAGUAGAGUUGAUUUAUAACGCAAAAAUGUAUAACCAUGUUUAUUAAGACAAGAGGUAAUCCUUAAAAGUUCAUAUAUUUAGCUUGCUUACCAAUAGCUAUCAGUGGAACUAUGUAAAAUACUGGAAAUGCAUAUUAUUCUAAAUUUAAAAGAAGUAGGUUGGGUUUUCUUACUUUUGCAUUUUAUUGUUGUUAUUUUUUCUCAGAAAAACCUAGCAUGUUUAUAUCCAGCAGCACAGAGAACUUUGUCAGUUAUGCAACAACCUGUGCAUCUGUAUCUCUGUUCAUUGUACAGCUACAACUUUGUAUUUGUAUUGAGGUAGAUGUCUUGAGCCGUUGAUCCAGAUGUACAGUGUGAACUGUGAUCUUGGGACAUGAACGGGUGAUCCUGGAAUUAUGGACAUUUUGUAUGGAGUUUUCAUGGCUGUAAGUGAGACAUGUGAAGGGACACAAGUUGCUUUUCUACAGGCGAAGACAUUGACUGACAUUGUGGGAUCUUAACGCUUCUUGAUGGACCAGAACUGAGGCUCGCUGAGGGAAGUGAAGGCGUUGUGGACACUAGAAAGAAAUCAAGUCACCCUGCCCUACGGGUGCCUGGUGCUCAUUGAGAGCAGGGAUCUCCAGCACUGAUCCUGCAGAGCCCUAACCCAGCAGGUUUUACAGGCACCUGGCCUGUAGAAAAUUAUCGGUUUCCUGGUGAAUUUUGAUUAGUUGAAAUCAUCAGUUUCUAAAAGUCAGGAACACUUUCACUAUCACAAAUUACACAGGCAGUCGACUCAAUUGAGCCACUUAGUGAUCAUUUGGAACAGAAACUAGAAUAUGCUUCAGCCCUGCAGGAGAAGUACAUCUCUUGCUUAAUUGUUCAAGUUUUUGAGACGUGCAUCUCUAAUCUUUAAAUAGGAGUUGAUUUAGGGCGGCCUGCUGGAAUCACAGGAUUGGAGGUUUCAAGGACCAGGCCUGGAGAUCUCGGAUUUCGAGCUUUCCAGCUGCUGUCCUGGACAGGUGGCUGGGAGCCUUGGUCUUCUUCUGUAUUGAAAAUGACUGGGACAAUAUGAAAAGAAGAAACAUUUCAGUGGUUUUGGAUGAGAGUAAAGGUCAAUAGUCAAUAGUCCAGACUCUACAGAACAGCCAGCUACAGUGGCUGUUUUUAAUCUCCAGCUUGUUAAGAAUAAGAAGCAGCCCCACCAUCCCCUCUGGCUGAUGAUCAUUAAACCAAAGCAAUCAAUGUGUGAGACGAUAUAGUGCUUUUGAUAUUUUUUUAUAAUUACUAGAUUAGAAUAAAUACUAUUUUGACAAAC